GAUCCCCUGAAUAUAUAACCUUCACUUAUCAAACCGCCAGUCAACAGUCUACUAAUGGCAAAAUCAAAAAUAUUAGCAGUCGCAACACACCUCGGCCGACGUGCAUACAGACACAAACUCUCCCUCAUCUCCCUGUGCUUUGUGAUCUUCUUCAUUAUCCCCAUCUUUCUAUACACAUUACUAGGCACGAUACUCGCGAAUGAUCCAAGACUAGUUCCGCAUGCUAUUCGGAAUGCGCGCAACGUGUUAUUGAUCACGGCUCAUCCGGAUGAUGAGUCGUUAUUUUUCAGUCCGAGUAUUUUGCACCAUUCGGACAUGCCGCAUGUGAAUCGGCAUUUGCUUGUUUUGUCGUCUGGAAAUUUCAAUGGUCUCGGUGAACAUCGACGAACAGAGACAAAAGCCUCUUGCGCUGCGCUAGGAAUCAAAGACGACAAUUGCGUUGUCCUUGAUAAUAAGGAUUUACAAGACAACCCCCGACAGUGGUGGGAUGAUUCCAUCAUCGAAAAGAUACUGGCAGAUUAUAUCAAAAAAUGGAAUAUUGACCUCAUCAUCACUUUUGACCAUUACGGUGUCUCGGGACACGUCAACCAUAGAUCGGUCAGCAGAGGAGUGAAGAAAUUCUGCGAUGAGCAUGAUCAUAUGCCACCGGUCUAUGCGAACCGGUCGAAAUUUUUACUGAGGAAGUAUUCAUCGCUGUUCGAUUUGAUUCCGACAUCUUUGCCCUUUACAUGGCGAAUUUUGGAGGCGUUGGUCUCUCCCGUGCCAAAGGGGUACGAGACGGCCGUGUCGAUCACGGAAAAGCCGGUGCCACCACCAGAAGGCGGCGAUAAAUACGGUGACAAAGCUCUUCUGGUGACGGAUUGGAGACAGUAUAGGCAAGGCCGGACGGCGUUUCAGCAGCACGCAUCGCAAUAUUCCUGGGACCGGGUGCUUUAUUUGAUAGUGAGCCGGUAUAUGUGGUUUAAUGAUCUGAAGAGAUUGUAAAGUAAUUCAACUAUUGCUAUCUCACGGAAGAAAGAAAACACUGUUCUUGACUAAGUAGUAAAACAAUCGCUGAUGCAAGAAGAUGCGAAUUAAUACACGAAUAUAAGAGCAACGAAGGGAAAAAGGGGAAAAAAAAAAAUCGCAGAAAACGACAAUAAUCCGCUAUGCCUCUUUGAUGCAAGAAAACCCACGCUCAGAAUCAAAUCUAUCGCCCAUUGCCUUAUCCCGUGCCGCAGAGCACCGUCUCCGUCGUAAACACAACCGUGUGACAUACACGGUCAAGAGUAGUGAUGCGACGAAGAUCAAGGAAAUGAUAAUCGAGCCGCUUCGCAAGUGACCAAUCCAGUUGAUAAGAGCAGCGUCAAAGUUGUGCCAGGAUGACGAUCCGAGAUGGCGGAACAGCGGGGUAUCGACGAAUCCAUUCAACAUGUGUAGCCGAGGGGAGCCGGUGAUUCCGCCGAGUAUUCGAAGGGGAUUGCGAUUUUCUUGGA